AUGAUCGCCUCAUACCUCCAGGAUCGAAAGGUCAUUGUUAACUACGCCAGAGCGACCAGUGAGAAGAAGACCACGAAGGGUUGCGUCCAAAGAUCCAUUGGCGGGCCAACCUUUUGGAACCUCAUACUGGAUUCGCUGCUGAGAAAGAUCAGCGAUAUGGGAGUGUAUUGCCAGGCCUUUGCGGACGACGUGGUCCUCGUCUUCUCCAGCCAAAAAUCCGGCAACCUACAGACCUCAGCCGAAACUACCUUAGAUGCCGUACAAGAGUGGGCUUGCGCGCGCGGCGAGAGUAACUUGGGGUCUGAAUGGAGAGAUCGUACGGACCAUAUAUGUGGCGGUAAUAGAGCCCAUCGUUCUGUACGCAGCGAGCGUAUGGUCCUCUGCAGCAGAGAAGUUAACGAUACGAAAGCAACUAAACUCCCUGCAGAGAGGAUUUGCACUGAAAAUGUGCAGGGCGUACAGAACGAUACAGGUGCUCGCGGAAGUGUACCGGUAACGGUCGAGACGAUAGGGACGGCGCGACACACUCUCGAGGGUUAUUUCGCUUGUCGCUUCGCAGGAAACGACCAGGGAGAAGAAGACGCUGAUAUGUACUCCUUCACCCUUUGCAAUAGAGUGGGAGAAGAGUACCAUUCUUCCCACUCGCCACCGGGGAUGGGUGAGGCCUGUUAUUCUAUAUUUGAGAAUGGAGGGGAUGGUUGGUUCGCAGAUAAUUCAAAUAUCAACACCAAUUCGUUGUUGAUUGGAGCAAUUAUCAUAACGCUGAUAAAGCUGACCGACGGAGAUGUAGUCGCUGAUGCUCCAAAGGCGGUACAACAAAAUGCUGUUCAAUAUAAAAAUAUACCAGAGCCUGAACCACUGCCAGUGCUUCACGGCAACGAUAGUAGAUGCCGUAUAUCUGAAUAUCAAUGUUAUAAUAAAAAAUGCAUACCGAUUAAUAGAUUCUGUGACGGCAGCAACGAUUGUGGUGACGCUUCGGAUGAACCGAGACAUUGUACACGUUGCAACAAAACGUACUAUGGAGAUAUCGGCCGUACGUAUGAGUUGGAACUUCAUAGACCGAGAGAAGAUCUUGUACCAUAUAUUUGCCUCUUAACAAUCACUGCUGCUGGAGGGAUACAUGGAGAUCUAGUACAGAUUUUAUUCGACAGCUUCACUCUCGGUCGCUUUACCUCUUUCACUGAUGACGGAUGUCCGGAUGGCUAUAUGCAAAUACAGGAAGCCAGUCGACCCCAAGUCGGAGGGUCGUGGUGUGGGACCUCUUGGGGUCCAUCGAUAUAUUACAGCGAGACGAAAUCUAUUACGCUUAUAAUACGCUUACUACAUUUAUCAAAAGAACAGAAUAAUUAUAAUUUUGAUUUUCGAAUGGCUUAUAAAGUUUUGAGGAAGGAAUACGCAACGGUUAGAUACGGAGGAACACCACCAUCAGAGCGACCAUUUUUCAAACUCAGACCGAUGUUAUAUCCCGUAAACAUAUCACGCGGAGAAGAUACGAACGUGGGUAGGACGACAAAAACACCAGAGUAUUACCUCGGGGAUUUGAUCUCGGGGACUUACUGCUCUCGGAUCUUCAGUGACUGCGAUCGUAAAAAUUGUAGAUUACAGUCGCCGAACUUUCCCGGCGUCUACCCCCGAAAUCUUACAUGUUAUUAUGCGGUACGUCAGCAUGAAGUACCGCAAGGAAAACACGCCUUGAUUGUCGUAAAGCAACCGAACGGUCAGUUGGUUUCAAUAAGAAGUCAGAAAGCACUUUACGCCCCUUCGCAAAACGAUAGGGAAAACAAUGGACGAGAAUUGAAAUUUUGGCAACAAUGUGAUGAAGUACAAGAUUACGUAACAGUUUACGAUGGUUAUACAACGAGGGAUCCAGUUAUUUUGAGAUUUUGUGGCGGAGGCGUGUCUGUACCAGAAGCAAUAUCGAGCGGUCCUGAAUUACUUGUAGAAUUUACUACUUCACCAUUUGGAACAUUUCUACAACCAGCUACAUCGCAAUCUCUUCACGGCUUUCAGCUUGAAGUCGAGGUUAGGUUUGUUGAUCAGCAAUCUCCUACAUAUGCAAAAAAUAAAAGAGCAUGCGAAUUUUGGAUAAGAGGAACAGGGAGAGGAAUACUUGAACAUCCCCAACAUUCGCUUCCACCAAACACAACAUGUCUUUACCACAUGCAAGGAAUUGAUACAUCAGGACCCUCGGGAAGAAACAUUAUUUACAGGAGGCAAUUUUCGGCGCCCCGAUUUAGGGUCUGGUUCUCGGUAUUAAAAUUUUACGUGACCAAUGCUAUCAAUCCAAAUUUGCCGGAGGAUGAGUAUUGUGGAAGUCAUUUGAAUAUAUGGGAUGGCCCGAUGAAAAUUUCGCCCGGAUGUAACGAUAUAUUUUGUGAUAAAGAAAGAUCCGUGCAAAUGUCGCGAGCUACGUCCCCACAAACAGUCAUAGUUGGACGACCUCCCAUGAAUGCUACAUUGGUUGCAAGAUUCUGUCGAGAGCGAGCGCCGCGAACGUGUGAACAUGCGUUAUUACGAAGAUCUAGAGCAUGUGCUCGAACAGAAAGUUUCCUGUCUAAAGGAGACUCGUUGACUUUGGAAUUAAAGUUGACACAGGGAACUGCACUGAAACCAGUGUUUUUCAAGGCACUAUAUGAAUUUGUUGAUCUCCAUCAAGACGGCGAGCCUUGGGGUCGGGGACCAUGUUCACGUCGCUUCGUAUCGAGAUCUUUUCCCGAAGCUCCACCGGAUCCUCCUGUUACUUUUUCAUCUCCAAGAGAUGUCUUCUUGUACGGUAGAGGCGGUGCAAGAAACAUAAGUUGCACAUAUCGUUUUGAAGCAAAUCCAGGAGAGGUGGUACGUCUUCGUGUGUGGGGUGUUCGUAAUGGAGGGAGGCUCUGUAGGUCCGUCCACUCAGCACACUCGCCGUGGUUCAGAUGUGGCGGUACUCCCACUGCUGCUGUGAGAAUAUUUGAGAGGCCUUGGAGAGACAGUGGUCCGGGCGUUCCGAGGGAUUGUUUGUGCAGUGACGUCACAGAUUAUGAAUUUACAUCAACAUCGAUGGUCGCCGAAUUAAAAUUCGAUGUAGUCAAUAUGUCGGCCACUGAUGACUUUCGCUCGUUUGGAUUCGAAGCAUCGGUCGAGUUUAUUCGGCUGGAUAGUGUCUGUGAUAGUACACAUAGAGUUUAUGGCGCUAGUGGAGAAAUAAGACUUUCGGUACAUACACCUUUAGCAGAUUCAGAACGUUGCGAAAAUCGUCCUUGGUUAAUAGACCCUGCACCAGGACGCUACCUUUAUAUUCAAAUUCAAGGAAGUAUUAUCAAGGAACCCGAAUUAGAUAACUUUACUCUUCUAAACAAUAUCACAGUAGCACCAGAUUUGAGUCACAUGUGUCGAACGCCAAAUCGUAUAGCAGUGUACGCUGGAGGAUUGACACCAAUAUUUAUAUGUCCCAAGCCUCUAGAUGAACAGGAGGAUGAAGUAGUGGAAGUAUUCUCAGAAGGUUGGUCUAAGGACGUCGAUCCUCUGGCUCGACACGUCCUUGCCCCCCCACCUUCUCCAGACCGCUUCGACCUCGACUGGCCGAGAUCUCUCUCCGUUGAACUGAUAGCUGUUGAGUCUGGAUCAUAUUAUGUCACGUGGUUGGAACUUUCGAGAAGGCAACCGAGUGACCGUGGCGGAGUGUUCGCGUUAUCCGGCGAAUGUCAGUACCGCUGCCCGUCCCUCGACGCCUGCAUAGAGCCGUCCCUGUGGUGCGACGGCAUCGCGCAGUGUCCGCACGGCGAGGACGAGCGCCUGUCGCAAUGUUCCGCGCUAUUACGCGUACCGGCGCACUACGCUGCGGCGAUACUAGCCUUUACCGCACUCUCUGCGUUCGCCUGUAUAGCAGUAACGCGUUCCUGUCGAAGACGUCGUUCUGCACUCCAACAGCGCCUCAAAAGUCUCUCCUCGGACACGGCGAUAUUCGACGAAAAAGAAGUGAUUUGCUGA